UUUAUUGACUGCAUUGCUCUUAGUUUAGCGAUAGAUCUCAAAAAUAAACUAAAUACUCGAAAUUUUUUCACUAUUUUAAUUGACGGUUCUAACGACGUUUCAAUUAAGGAAAAAGAAGCUAUAUUUGCCGUUACUUUUAAUCCGGCUCCAACUGGAAAAUCUGAAGUAAACGUUGAAUGUGAUUUUCUUUCACUUUUGGAUGUUGAGUAUGGAACUUCGCACGGAGUUUUCAACACCAUAAAAAAGUCACUCGAGAAUAUAGAAGUCGUAAAUUGCAAUAAAAAACUAGUUGGAUUUGGUGCGGAUGGCGCAUCCGUUAACAGAGGGAGCAAGUCGGGCGUUAAAAUGUUGCUCAAGGCUGAAGUCCCCUGGAUCACGUUUGGCUGGUGUGUAGCACAUCCUCUCGAGUUAUCAUUAAAAGAAAAAUUAGGAAAAACAGUUCAAUGACGUUGAUUACAUGAUUUUAAAAAUGCAUUACAUUUACAAAAAAUCCCCCAAAAAGUUAAGACAGUUGGGUGACUCGUUUCUAUUUUAGAAGAUGAUGAAUAUAACAUUGGUGGUUACCGACCUAAGAAAGCCUCCGGUACACGAUGGAUUUCACAUAAAGUUCAGGCUUUAGAAAUGAUUUUAGAUAAAUACGGUGUUUAUUUAACACAUCUGGAAAAUAUGACUGAAGAUAUAACAUUUACCAAUGCUGAAAGAGCUAAGUUUAAAGGAUACCACAAAAAGUGGAUUCAUGCUAGAAUGCCCCUUUAUAUCGCGUUGUUUAUUGAGAUUUUAGCACCAGCAAAGAUGUUGUCAAAAUGUUUUCAAAGUGAUGAGAUAGAUGUGUUGGCUUCAUCAGGGUUUGUUCAACAAGCUAAAAGCCAUUUAAAUCGUAUUCAAAAAACAAAGUUUAUUAAUUUGCCAACAGUAAAACGUUUUCUCGCCAAAGUGACUGAAAAAGAAGGAAAGUUUUAUUUCCAGGGUGUUGCACUUAACGACUUUGUAAAUGCUAAACAUUUAGUAAAAAAGUCUAAAUCUAUUCAUAUCGAGUUGGUAACUAAUUCAAUCAUAGAGCGUUUGGAAACAAGCGAUACUAUUACUGAUAUGUAUGGUACAAAAGUUUUAAAUACAGAAGGUUGGCUUCAAAGUAUUGAAAAUAAAACAUUCCUGGAUGAAGGAAUAGAAAAUCUUUUUGACUUUUAUAGAGCGCCGUUGCGACAUGCUCGUUUUGCAGGAACUGUAAAUGAUGUUUUGGAUGCUUGGCAUAGCUUGGUAAACUACACUGUAAAAUAUUUAGCACCACAUAAUACCGGUUAUCGUAAGUUAUGGCAUCAAAUUUUUUGUAGCUCAAUGAAAAAUGAAUGGGUUCCGGUUUUACUUAUUGUCGAACUAUUAUUUACUUUGCCUGUUUCUAAUGCGAAAGUUGAACGCCUUUUUUCACUAAUGAAUAGAGUAAAAACGGAUACAAGAAACUCUCUGAACGAGAAACGUUUAGAAAAUUUAAUUCGAGUAAGUUUCGAUGAAAAAGAUUCCAAUUUAUUUGAUUUAAGUUCUGCUAUCGAGUUAUGGACCAAUGAUGCCGUGCGAAGGCCAAAACAAUCAGUAAGAAAAUGCUAUUCCAAAAGAGCAAAAAAAGCAGGAUUAAAAACAUUAAUCGACUUGGAUUCAUCAUCUAACGAAUCAAGUAAUGAAUAG